GUCGAUGUAGUCGUCGUCAUCGCCGUCGUCGUCGCCACCGCCGCAGGCACACAUUGGUGAAUUCAGUGUCGUGUCGCGUGCACUGCAAACAGGAUAUAAUUCGUUCACCACGUAAAAACGCGUGAUCCACCUCCGUCGUUUCCGCCGUUGCGAGCGUAUUUACACCACAAUAAUAUACUAUUUCCAUAUAAAUAUAAUAUUGAAAUGUUAUUGCUUUUCCGUUAUUUCGUCCACCCCGCGCACGCAGAGUACAACAACAAUAGUUAUAUUAAAAUAUAUUAAAAUUUAAAAGGUGUAAAAUAUAUUUCAAUAUUGUUAAGAAAAAAUUAUUUAUUUAAAAUAUCCUCAAAUAUUCGUUUAUUUUUAAGCCAUAUCCCGCAUUACUAUCGGUCGUAAUACUCGUACGCUACGGUUAUCGUCGAGAUCAGAAUUUUAUCGAGUCGUCUUAACACGGAGCCAUUGUCUGUAGUUUGGAGUUUUGUAUUUGUAAUGUCAAUACACAUUUACUGUACGGGAUCUUGAGACGUCUUCAUUCAGUUCAUUCAAUGGAUAUAAUGCAUUUGUCAACUUCUGUAGUAUCUAUCGAUAAAACAACAUCUUCUUAAAGUACGAUUAAAAAACACAUUGAUAAUGAAAACGUGCUCCAGUCUGCUUGGUGUACUAAGCUGUUGGUACAUACUUACGUCGGAAAUGGUACAAUCUGAUUUUGGUACUUCUACAAAAGGUUUGUCAGAUUUACGACAAGUACCAUUAGUGCAAGGCUCAACAAACAGCAAAUGUAGAAUAGAUCAUUGCAAUAAGACUGUUGAUAUCUAUGAAGAUAUCACUAGUCCGGAAGUAACGUCAUCGAAUUUUGGAAAACCACUUUACUGUUCGUACAGAUUUCGUUCAUUUAAAGGAACGCCCAAGGACUAUAUUCUUCGAAUAAGAUUUAAAAAAUUUAAAUUUGGAGUAUUAGUCAAUGGAACAUUUUGUCAAGGAGGAUUCAUGCAGAUACUUGAUCAUGCGGGCAAAGGUAACGCUGCAACAAUAACAUCUAAAAAAGAAGUGCCAGGAUCAUAUUGUGGUGAAAUCGAACAACCACAAACAUUUUUAUCGGAAACAAGUUCAGUUAGAGUUAUUUUUCAGACAAAUAACUUUACAGAUCAAACUUAUUACAGUUUCGAUUCAAGAGCUGAACAAGAAACUCAAGUUUACUUACGAUAUGGACAGCAUCCAGAACUUUAUCCAAAUAGAAGAGGCUUGCUGAACCCUGGGAGCUAUUGUGAUAGGACAUUUAAAGAAUGUCGACUACAAACGUGUUAUGUCCAAAGUCCAGCGUAUCCAGGAGUGUAUCCAAGAAAUCUCAAGUGCAAUUAUUGGUUGAACACUAAAAAUCCGUUUAUCCGUCUAUACAUACAAAACGAAGAAUUUAAUGUGGACGGUCAACGUUGUGAAAAUAUAAUCACAUGCCCCAUGAGACCGAUCACUUCAGGAGCUGAGUAUUGCCCAUAUGAUUACAUAAAAAUCUAUGAUGGUAAAAACGCAUCUAGCCCAGAGAUUGGAACUUUUUGUGGAAUGGGAAAAUUUCCCCACUCAAUUGUUGGCACAAGUGAAGAUUUAUUUGUGGAGUUUGUUACAUCAGCUGCAGGCCCGCUUUUAAAUACUGGUUUCCAUUUUAAUGUUGGGAAUAUGCCCGGUCACAUGCAGACUGCCGGUGAAAAAAAUGGUUCUUGCGAUUGGAUAUUAUCGAGCGAACAUUUGAGCAGAGAUCACCAUACCGAAGGAAUAUUCAUGUCAAUUGCUCACUGGUAUCCUCCACACACAUCUUGCACUUAUCAUUUACUAGGACUGCCAAAUCAAGUAGUUCGAGUUUAUUUUCCCAGCUUCCGAGUAAAUGGGAUAGAGAGCCCAGUGACGAGCGACUGGACUGGAGAUUGCGGGGAAAGCUUAACACUCUACGAUGCCGCCGAACCGGAUGACACGAGAAUCAUAAAAACAUUUUGUGAUACAUUUUCUAAGCCAGCUGAAAAACACGAUUUCGUAUCGACUGGAAAUUCAAUGUUCAUCCGAUUCGAAAGCAAAACCGGUAGUUAUUCGGGGUCAUCGUUGUAUUAUUGGGCUCACUAUGACUUUUUCAACAAUACGAAAUUUGGUACUGCUAUACCAGAUACAGUGUGUGAUGAAGAAUUCGUUAGUUGGAAACCUUCUUCGGGAUAUUUCAGAUCACCAGUGAACACAUUGGUCUACAAACGACAAGGGACGGUUACAGAUCCUGAUGCAAAAUCUCAACCAAUAAUUUGUCAUUAUAAAUUUAUGACAGAUGUGCGAUUAUUCGCCCGCAUUGUAUUGAAAAUUGAGUCUAUUAAAUUCAAGGACCACAAUUAUAAGACACCCAUUGAAAAAGAUAACGACUGCUGGUACAGUGAACGUGACAAGUUACUGAUAUGGGAACCAGAGGAGAUCGAUGCAGGUUUUGGUCUAAAUCGGACAAUUAUCAAUCAAUCGAACACCAACAACGGUCUUUGUUUGUUCAACAAUGUAAAUAAAACGAGAACGACGUCCAACCCGUAUACCAGUGAAAUAAAAUUUGUCUCGUCGGGAAACUCGUUGAACGUCGAAUUGAAUCUAAACCCACUGCAUGCGGCCCUUAGCUAUUUCAAGUACGACGUGCCGUUAUUUGAAGCCAGAUACGAGUUCGUGCACGGUCCUCUAUGUGGCCCUUCUAUCAUACAGCCGGUCGACGAGGGCGAGCUUAUAUUUCCACGGUUUGACGCCAUGGGAUUUGUAGAGCCACCGAAAACGCUCGAAUGUAUUUGGGAAAUACGGGUUCGCGAAGACCGGGAUUUAUGGUUACAUUUUAACCAGGUGAACUUUGUGACAGAUGACUGUCAAGAUGGCCGGCUCGAAGUGUAUUUACCUUCUAGGUCAGUAGAUUACCCGUUCAUGUCGGCGUGUGGACACAACGCCACGGCGCUCAAAAACCUACCACUGCUGACUUCCAAGGACGUCGAAGAAGUCGUCGACAAGUCGUCAACAACGGCCAACUCAGCGUCUCAGCGGCGGCGACGGCAGCGGCGUUAUGUGCACGUCCGAUUCGUGGGCAACGCUUACCCGCACAAGGCGCAGUUUAAGAUAGCGUGGUCUGAACUGAGCCACUUGCCGCGGAACCCAGACGGAACACCACGUGCCGCAAGGCGGACGUCUGAGGCCGACAAUGAAUGUGCCUUUUUGUGCCCGGGUGACGAGCGACUGUGCUUACCAGCCCGGGCCGUGUGCAACGGCGUGGUAAACUGUCCCGGUGUCCCCAACGACGAGUCGCCGUCUACGUGUAACCGGUGGGACCAUGGAUCGGUCGGGUCUGUCGACACCGGUGUUGGUGACGACCCCGGUGCCCUAGCGGCCAUUGCGCUGUUUGCCGCUGUCACUGCGGCCAUAGUUGUCUUCAGCGCAUCGCUGUUCGCGGCCAGCACUUACUGUCGCCGCCACCGCCGCCAAUUACUCCGAAGUGACAGACCCGAGGCGUCCGGUCGUCGUGCAAUGGCCUUGAGUGACAGGUCAACUGAUCGUAUUUAUUCUACGGUAACCUUACAAUAAUAAAAGGAUUACUGAACACGAAUAUAAUCGGAAAAGUUUGCGGAUCAACAACAAAAAAUCCAUAUACAUAUAAUAUUAUAUUAUAUCUAUAUGCGGCGAAUGAAUUAAUCGCUCAUUAUCACUAUUAUUAUAAUUUUUUUUUAAUUAAGUACCUACCUAUAAACUAUGAAUGAAAACGUAUUUAUAUAAUAAUAGCGACAUAGCGUAUACGCUACUCAAUUAUAAAUUAUAAUAAUAUUAUAUAAUAUAAAUUAAAUAAGCUCAUUUAUUAAUUGUUUCAAUACCUACAAAGUAGAUUUUAACUAAAUUUAUUGUACAAAGACUAUAGAAUAUUAUUGUUGUAUAAUUAUAUUAAAAUAUAUUAAAAAAUAUACCUAAGAUAUGGAUAA